AAACUGUAUCUAUAUCUGAGCAUAAAAUGACUCGAGGAAGAAGUAAAUCUAUAGUUCAGAAAAUAGCGCUGGAUUUGGCUUCUCAUAAUGGGGAAUUGGAUGUUUUGCCCGAAAGACCAGUUGACCUUGGAGAAUCUAUAAGUUCAAUCAAUGUCAAUAAUAAUAAUAUUAAUGUCAAUAACAACGGUAAUAUACCACAAGAAGAACAAUGGGAGCAGCAGCAGCAACUGUACAUACCUCUAUCACGCUCCCAGUCAUUGUGGUUGCCCGUAAGGAAAAAGUGGAUGGCUCAGCCUGCAUCCACCCUGACAUAUCCAUUAUAUCCGUUCUCAUCAACUGAACAAUCAAUUCUUUGGUCGAAGCAUAUUGAUAAGUAUAAUCAAGAUAUUAUUAUUCUGGACGCGGACAUUGAGGCAAUUCAACUUCAAGCGGACUCCUCAAUCCUUUCAUUCCAUCAAAAGUGUCAAUUAAACCUUGGAAGUGUGACUUCUUUGAUACUGCAAACAGAUGAAAUCAUACAACUUUUAGAUGAUCUCACAUUCAAAUAUAAUUAUGUCUCAAGGGAAACCAGUGAUUUUGCCAGCAAAUCACAGGCAUUGAUGGAUAAGCAAAGACAUUUGGAAGACAUAUCUCAGGAAAUUUCCAAUAAUUUAGCAGUUUUUGAAUCCUUGGAUUCAAUUACAAAAGUCUUGACCAGUCCAGGCAUUAACAUUGUUAAGAAACAUUCCUUCCAUAACGUCUUGGUCAAAUUGGAUGUAAGCUUGGACUUUAUCAAACAACAUGCAGAGUUCAAAGAAGCAGACACUUAUAGAGUAAGGUUCAGACAAUGUAUGACCAGAUCAUUAACACUCAUUAGAAAUUAUUUGAUUGAUGAUUUAAAAGAAUUACAGAAACAGGUUUCUGAAAAGUUAAUUCUGGCCAUAAAGAAGGAUAGAGACGAUAAUAGUUCCACCUCCAACUCGUUCAACUUUGAUCUCUUUCUUUAUACCGAGUUCAAUAAUCAUAUCAAAUCCACUGAAUCUGAAUAUUACUCAAUUCCAAGUCUACUGUCUGAGAUUUUCCGUAGAAUUGAAAAUCAUCAGGAAUAUGUGGGGCUUUUCAAUGAUGUGUUGAAUCAAUAUUUUAGAGUAAGAUCUUCCCUUCUUAACGAUUACAUUUGGAAUCAGAUUGAUCAAUCAUUGGAAUCAUUCCAAAAUGAUUCAACUUCUUCAACUCCUACUCAAACAUUGGUACAAUUUACUCAAGAUAACAUUUCAUUUUUCAAAAAAGUUAUUAAUCGAGAACUUUCAUUAUUCCAGCAAUAUUUUUCCUUCCAACCUCUCGGUUCAUCUCAAGUACAAUUGGAAGUUGGGGAAUGGUUUAAACGUAUUUUGGAACCUUUAUAUGACACAUUAAGAAAUCGAAUCAUUCGAGAGACAAAUAUUAGUGAACUUUGUGAACUAACUACUUUAUUACAAAAAUAUUAUGAAUUUGAAAAGAGUGAUAAUAAUAAUAUUUUCACUAAUGGAGGUGGUAACAUUGAUGUCAAUUUUGGUGAAUUAUUCCAACCAAUCUUGUUGGAUGUUCAACAAAGACUUAUUUUCAGAAUCCAACUUUAUGUUGAUGAAAAAUUAAUGAAAUACAAGGCUAAACCUGAAGAUUUACAAAUUGGUAGAAGGAAAAGUGUUGGUCUGGCUACUUUAGACUCUGAAUUCAAUGAAAAUAUGUAUGAAGAUUGGUUUUUACCAGUGGGGAAAGCAUUGACCAUCUUAUCUAAUAUCUAUGAAUUGGUAAAUUCCGUGGUAUUUGAUGAUUUGGCCCAUUACAUUGUCCAUAGUUGCAUUUAUAUGCUUAACAAUAAUGCAUACAAAUUGGCACUUGUGCAUUUAGGAGAAUUGGAUGCUAAACUUUAUUUAUUGAAGAAUCUAUUACUCUUACAACAACAAUUGAAUAACUUUGAUAUUCAAUAUGUUCGUACGGAGACAAGUCUUGAUUUUACCAGUGGUAUACAAGAGAUAUUCCUGACAAUUCGCCUGGGUGGUAUGGAUAGCUUCAAAGUUGACUCACAGGGUAAUGGAGGAGUAUUUGAUUUGUUCAAAAAAUCAGUUCCAAAAGUUGUUAAUAAUAUGAUUGAUGCAAAGUAUGAAAUGCAAACUCAAUUAACUAAUGCAGUGACUGAAUUUGUUGGUGGGUGCGUACAAAGAAUCAGUGAACCUAUCAAUAAAGUAACUGCUAAAAGUCAUCCAUUAGCAGAUUCGAUUAAAUUCCGUGACAAUAUUGGUGAAGAAAUCCCAAGAAUUAAGCGAGAAAUGAACCAUUAUUUGUUGGAUUCACAGGUUGUAUCGUACCUCAUUGAUAGUAUCAAGCAAAUUUUGUUGACUAGUUACGAUGAAUUCUAUAAACAAGUUGAACUUCAAGCUCAGCAACUGGAAGCCAUCAAGCAGGAAAUCAAAGAAAUUAUGGAACCAGAUACAUUUUUCGGGUUCUUGGAAGAAAUGGGGGAUGAUGAAGAUGAAGUGGCUAAUUCAGAUCAAUCACCUUUGAAGGAGGAUGUUUUCCAUGAGUGAUUGAAGAAAAAAUAAACAAUGGGGAAAAGAAAAAGUAUUGCAAAAAUCCUUUCCAAUGGGACAUAUAGAGCGAUUUGUAUAUUUAUAUAAACAAGAGUAUAAUGGAUCACAAUUUGCAAC